CCCCCCUCCCCCCUUCGAGGACUCCUUCCCUCCGCCGCCGGCCGAGGAGGUUUUCCCAUCGCCGCCGGGCCCCCUGGAGGAAGAGGCACCCACAGUCGACUGGACGAGCGAGGCGCAGGCUGCAGGGAGCUCCCCUCUCGAUCCAUCCAGCAGUAUUGAAAUCGAGAUCGACUCAUUAACCAACAUGCUCAACGAGAUGCAGAAUAACGACCCCUACAAAUCCAGGCUAAAGCCGUCUGGCCAAGCGGUGAACGGACGGAGCGAGACAUCGGCCCAGCAGGAGCCCGUCGCCCCUCAGCCCUGCCUGACCGGGCCCCGGAUGGCCGGGGACUCGCCUGCUGGGGUAGGCCCGAAGCCCGCGGGGGUCCGGCCGACCGCCCCCCGGGCCAGCGCCCGGCCGGAGCAGAGCUGGCCGGGGCCUGAGGCUAGGCCCGGCGGCGAGGCCAAGGCCCCCUCGGCGGCACAGAAACCGUCCGGGAACCGAGGGGUCGUCGCAAAGGAGGGGCCCGGAGGCCGGAAACAGCCCGAGAGGGAAGCGAGUUCCAAGCCCUCACAGAGCUCCGGCGAGCCGCUCCCUCUCUCCUACAAGGAUGUGGAGGACUUGGAAAAGUUAGCGACACAGUUCAUGCAAGAGAUGGACAAGGAGCCCAAAACCUCAGUACGUCCGACAGAGAUUUGCGCUCGAUGCCGGAAGGACCUGUCCCGGAGUGAGGCAGCGGUCAGAGCGAUGGGGAGUCUGUUCCAUGUCGAUUGUUUCCUGUGUGAGAAAUGUCACCAGACGCUCCAGGGUCAGCAGUUCUACGAGGUCAACGGCGAUCCGCUGUGUGAGAGCUGUCACAAC